GUCUAUUAGCUUAACAAUCGGUCACACGUAACCAUGAGUGUGUUAAAAUUAGUGAUCCUUUUCACUUGUUUACUUCACAGUUUAAUUGAAGCUGAAGUUGUUUAUAAUGGUAGUUCUACGGCCAAGGACGAUUGGUGGAAACAUACAACAUUCUAUCAGAUUUAUCCUCGAUCCUUCAAAGAUAGUGAUGGCGAUGGACUGGGCGAUUUGAAUGGUAUUAUUAGUAAAUUACAAUAUCUGGUAGAUGCUGGAAUAACGGCUACAUGGCUUUCGCCAAUUUCUAAAUCUCCUGGAGUCGACGCUGGAUAUGAUAUUAGUGAUUUUAGAGAUAUUGAUGAAAAAUUCGGUACCAUGAGUGAUUUCGAUCGGCUUAUUAAGGCAGCCCACGAACUUGGCAUAAAAGUUAUUUUGGACUUUGUUCCGAAUCAUGCCAGCUAUCAACACGUGUGGUUCCAGUUAUCGAAAAACAGAACUAAGGGGUACGAAGACUAUUUCAUUUGGAAAAAGGGCUAUAAUUCAACAACACCUCCUAAUAAUUGGCUGUCUAGAUUCGAUUAUUCCGCCUGGGAAUAUGUAGCCGAGAGAGACGAAUAUUAUUACCAUCAAUUUACCACUUCACAACCUGAUUUGAACUUCAGAAAUCCUAAAGUUGUACAAGAAAUGAAAUUAGGAAACCACGAUAGAGAUAGAGUAGCGACCCGUCUUGGAGUUGAGAAUGUAGACGGAUACAAUAUGAUGGUAGCCUUUCUACCAGGUACAGCGGUCACUUAUAACGGAGAAGAAAUUGGAAUGGAAAAUGGAGAAGUAACAUGGGAAGAAGGACAAGAUCCGGGCGCUUGCAAUGGACUCGAAUCAGAUUUCAAGACUAAACUCCCUUUCCAUAGGGUGCUCAUGACCGAAGCAUAUUCAAAUAUAAGCGUCGAUAUGCUACAUUAUGGCAAUGGAACAGUUGAAGGAGCUCAUUUUCCUUUCAAUUUCUUUAUCAUAACCGAUACCGAAUACAACAGUACUGCAAAUGAGAUUAUUUCGGUAAUAAAGAAAUGGUUUCAACACAUGCCAAGCGGACAUGUAUCUAAUUGGGUGUUAGGAAACCACGAUAGAGAUAGAGUAGCGACCCGUCUUGGAGUUGAGAAUGUAGACGGAUACAAUAUGAUGGUAGCCUUUCUACCAGGUAUAGCGGUCACUUAUAACGGAGAAGAAAUUGGAAUGGAAAAUGGAGAAGUAACAUGGGAAGAAGGACAAGAUCCGGGCGCUUGCAAUGGACUCGAAUCAGAUUUCAAGACUGUAAGCAGAGAUUUUGAGAGGACUCCGUUCCAUUGGGAUUCGAGUGUUAACGCAGGAUUUAGCACGGGAAAUAAAACUUGGUUGCCCGUCAGUUCAAAAUAUAAAACCAACAAUCUUGAACUGCAAAGUAAAGAUGGUGUAAAAAGUCACUUUCAUGUCUACCAAGAUUUAAUGAAGUUAAGAAAAGAAGAUACAUUAAUUUAUGGAAAUUUGAACGUAGAGGUUUUAGCCACUUACGUUUUGGCAUUUACGAGGGAGUUGGAUGGGAACGACACCUACGUUUUUAUAUUUAAUAAGGGAAAUUAUUCUACUUCAGUGUCACUUUCUUCGUUUAAGUCUCUCAGUGGAAACGUAACAGUAGUUCUAUCCAGUACCAACUCAUCGAGAAACAAAGGGGAUACUCUGUCAACAGCAAGCAUAAUUAUGGAUGCACACGAAGCAAUAAUUGCAAAAUCACGAUCAAAUGUGUCAGUAUGUUGGAACAUCUAUACUAUUCUGUUAAUAAUGGUAUUACUAUUUCGAAUUUCCUAACAGGACAUUAAUGAACUUUUUAUCUGUUAUCUUAAAAUAUACCGACUUUGUAACUAUACUAAAUUUAUUAUAUUUUAUCAGACUUUUGGAAAAUACAUACCUUUAUCACAAUA